AUGAAUUUUGGAAACAAAAAAGUAAGUACUUACUUACUCAAGGGGAUGCUAAACACUAGUUAUUACCAUGCUCAUGCAUCUAUAAGGCGUAAUCGUAACCAGAUCUCGGAAUUUGUCUCCCAAGACAACAUUUCUUUGACGACUCCCAUUGCGAUCUCUCGACCUGUCACCCACGAAUUUGCUCAACGCUUUCUCUCUAAUCCAGCUUGUUCCUUCGAUGUCCAGUCGGAUUUUAGUCUUAUUUCGCCACUCAUUUCGGAGGAGGAUAAUCUCUUCCUUUGUGCUCCUCCAUCAGGGGAGGAGAUUAAGUGCACUACCUUUGAUUUAGCUCCGGAUAAAUCCCUCGGGCCUGAUGGGUUCCCUCCGGGUUUUUUCCAAAAGUAUUGGACGCUUGUUGGUAAUUCAGUCAUUCGUGCCGUUCAAGCUUUUUUCCAUUCAGGUAAACUUCUUAAGGAAGUUAAUCAUACUUUUUUGGCAUUAAUUCCUAAAAUUGACAAUCCUACCUCGGCCAAUCAUUUCAAACCCAUUAGCUUGUGCUCAACUAUUUACAAAGUUAUCUCCAAAGUCCUUACUCGUAGGCUUAAGGUAGUCAUGGGGAAGUUGAUUCAUCCUCUUCAAGGUGCUUUUGUGCCUGAACGGUUUAUUCAAGAUAAUAUUUUGUUAGCUCAUGAGGAUUUUCGGAGAAGUGGGUGGCUUGGUUUCGAGUGUAUCUCUACAGCUUCUUUCUCAGUUCUUGUUAAGGAAUCCCGGGUGACUCUUUCCAGUCGUCAAGAGGGAUCAGACAAGGGGAUCCUCUUCCCCGUACUUGUUUAUUCCUUGGCGGAACUUCUAGCUCGUCAGUUGCGCAAGCCUCCUCCGAUCAAUUUGAGUGCCUCGCCAAAUCUCAUUGGAUGGGAUAGGAUUUGUAAGCCAAAGUGCUUUGGUGGCAUUGGCCUUCGAAAGGCGGAAGUUAAUAACAUCGCUCUUCAGCUCAAACUUCUCUGGAAGCUGCUUAAGGAUAAUAAUAGUUUUUGGGUGAAGCUGGUUCAUAAAAAAUAUGUGAAAAAUAGCUUUCUGCUGUCUCACAAGCCAUCGGUUUUGGCUUCUUGGCAGUGGAAGCGCCUCAUGAGUCUUCGCCCUUUGUUUCGGAAAGGUCUGCGUUGGCAAGUUGGCAAUGGCAUUAAAAUUAAUUUCUGGUAUGAUAAUUGGGUUUUUCAACACCCAAUUGCAGACCUGGUUAGCCCUGUUAGUGGUUCUUUUCACAUGACGGUGAGCGACUUCAUUUCCCAAAGGAGUAUAUGGAAUAUAGCUAAACUAGCCUGUUUUCUUCCUUCUCAUUUGGUCUCCCAAGUAGCUGAGUUAUUUCUCCCUUCUGAAGCUCAGGAAGAUGAAUUAGUCUGGGGUCUCUCGUCAGAUGGUGAAUACUCGGUUAAAUCAGGUGCUCUUCUAGUUCAAGGGUUGGUUGGGAGUGAUGUUCCUAAAGUUUCUUUUUCCUGGAUUUGGAAGCUCAAUGUCCCUCUCAAGGCAGCUCUUGCUAUUUCUAAGUUUGUGGCUAGUUGGUUUGGUUCAGUGGAUAGUGGUCCUUCCCUCUGCGGUCAUUCUGCUUGUGGGUUUGUGAUUCGGAAUGUGCAGGGGGAUGUUGUGUUAGCUGGUGCCCAAGCGUUGGGGUCUUCGGUUUCCAUUCUUCAGGCUGAAGCUUGGGGUCUCUGGAUCGGUAUUCGUGGUGCUCUAGCGCAAGGUAUUUCUCAUCUUCAAGUUGAGGGGGACAACUCUUCGGGAAGCUAA